AUGCUUCCUUUCUCGUCUCUCGUUAUCACUGCGCUGCUAGGCGCCAUAGCUAGCAAUGCUGCGCCACUCGUUCAGGAGCGAGGAAUCGCAGCAGACCUUCUGGGUAGCUUCAAAUUGAUGGAGCAGUAUGCUUCGGCGGCAUACUGCUCAAACAACUAUGACUCUACCGGUGAUCAGAUUGAGUGCUCGACUGGGAACUGCCCGCUUGUGCAAGACGCUGAUUCUACUACUGUCAUUGAGUAUAGUAGACAGGAGACCUCGACUGAUGUUACCGGCUUUGUCGCCGUCGACCACACCAACAAACUUGUAGUGGUUGCCUUCCGCGGUAGUCAAACAAUCGAUGCCUGGCGCACCAACCUUGACUUCGGCACUACUAAAACGGACAUUUGUCCUGGCUGCACUGCGCAUAGCGGUUUCUGGCAGUCUUGGACAGAUGCGCGCGAUACGGUGUUGCCCGCUGUGAAGCAAGCGUCUGCCGCAUUUCCUAGCUACAAGAUCACCGUAACAGGGCACUCGCUAGGCGGCGCCAUCGCUACACUCGCAGCGGCAAGCAUGCGCAACGCUGGCUACACUGUGGCGCUGUACAACUUCGGAUCACCGAGGAUAGGAGGCAGCAAGAUCAGCUCUUAUAUCACGAAUCAAGCUGGUGGGAACUAUCGGGUCACACAUUGGAACGACCCGGUUCCCAAGCUGCCACUGUUAACGAUGGGUUAUGUUCAUAUCAGUCCUGAGUACUACAUCAAUAAGCCCAACAGGCAAGAGGUGUCGGCUGGGGACAUCAAGACCUAUGAUGGCGCUUUGAAUUUGAGGGGUAACAUGGCCUGGCUUAUCAUGGACAUUGAAGCUCAUCGAUGGUACUUCGAGAGUGUGUACACUUGCGGUACUAAGAAGUUGAAACGCGGGGUUUUAGAGAUGAGAGAUGUCGAGGGAGACAUGGAGAUUGUCACCACGUUUUGA